AACGCAAACAAAUAUUUAAUAAAUAUCGACUUUGGUGUCGUCCAAGUUGGUUCUGUUCAUAAAAGAUCAAUUGACGUAACCAACAAUUUAAAAAAAGUUACAAAAUUUAAAGUAAAAAAUAAUAAUGAAUUUAUGUAUUUGGCCGAUUCGAUCGAAUUUGAACCAUCAAAAACCCAACGAAUAUUUCCAAACAAAAAAGCGACUUUUACAGUAAUAUUUUCUCCGAAAUCUGUAUUAGUACAAAAUACGCUAGAAUACUUCACACUAUUUUCGACAGACGAUACAAUUGAAGAGAUCAGUGAUGAAUCCGACAACUGCGAAACACAAAGUGAACAUAGUGAUGAUGAAAUAGUACAAAAAGUCAUAGUACGAGUACAAGGAUCAUGUUACGGUCCAUCAGUGAAAAUUUUACCGGUCAAAGUGUUCAUGUGCCGAUCAGAAGGAGAUAAACCAAUUAUCAAGUCAAUAAACCUAAUAAACAAGUCCAAAAUGUCGGGGCAGUAUCACGUGCAAUAUGAUUGGACGAAUUGUCCGAUAAAAUGUCAUCCAUCGUUCGGAGUCAUCCAAAAUCGGAUUCAGAUCAAAUUGGAAUUAAAACCCAUUCAAAUUGGAUAUUAUUACAAACGGCUUUACAUUCUGAUCGCAUACCAUCAUCCCAUUUUCGUUGAUAUAUACGCAUUUUCUGGUAAAAUGAAAGUGGAUCCGUUUUCGUACUUCAGGUCACCGUUCGGAUCAUUGCCGAAAUCUAAAAACAAUUACGCUGAAUUCUUUAAAGACGUUGCGCACCCGAGGAACGAUGUUCAACACCUAGUAACAGUAUUACCGAAAGAAUUGCGAUUCGGCUACGUAAAAAAUGUGAAAACUCUGGCAUUUAACGUACAUAACGAUUCUGAUACGACGCUUUGGAUAAACUGGAUAGAACCCAGCGAUGAUAGCCCAUUCACGAUAAGUCCAAAACAGUUUUACAUCGAAUGCCACGAUACGAAAAGGUUAAAAUGCACGUUUCGACCAAAAAUCAUAUCAAAUAUUUACUUUAUUGAGUUUGAAGCUAACGUUCAUUUUAGCACCACCGAUUCUCCACAACCGUUGAAUUGUGAAACUACGAAUGAUGCAUUUCCGAAGCUUACGUACGUCGUUCCGAUGAACAUUUCAUUAACAGUCAUCGGACAUUCUUCCGAAAAGCCUUUUAACGGAUGGAAAACUACAUGCAAACUCAAUAACGUAAUAGUAAUGCCACCCACCGUACCGGCUUCUACACCUGUGUUCGCCACACUGUUGAUUAAAAGAGUCAUCCGAAUGCCAACAACGUUUGAAUUACGACCGCCUAAUAAAUCAAUGUUAUUAGCAAAACCCAUGAUGGGAAUGAUAAAUAGCGAUUACCAAAUUAUAGUAUUUCAACUGAUGAAAACGAGCAAUAAAGAAUCGCUUUACGCUGAACGGUGGAACGUUAUAUUCGAUGGCUUCGAUAAUAAUUCGAUCAGCAUAGACAUCUACGCGAGUGCAGAAUUCGGGUGCGUGACGAUCGGCGAGCGGAAUCACGUGGUAAUGCCGAACGACGUCCAAGUGGGUUACGAAAUGCGGAACGAACACGUACCGAUAGUCAACACGACCAGACAUAGGUUACGGUACUACAUAGAAAUGAGUACUCAAUAUCAUUCGGUGAACAACGAAGCGAUAGAAUUUGUGUCUACUAAGCGUCGUUAUCCUUUGGGUUUGGAAGUCAAAAAAGAAAUUGAUAACGAAGAGAUGGGUGUUGAAUACGAAUACGAAAACUUUUAUACCGAAUCGGAAAUGGAUGCCGGAUCGGAAAUGGACGUCAGAUCGGAAAUGAUGGAUGAUGGAUCGAAAAAUAACGCCGAAUCAGAAAUUGACGUGAAAUUAAAAAACGACGCCAAACCGAAUAAAGACGUCGUACUGGAAAAAUAUGUCAAACCGAAAAAGUACUGUGUACCUGAGUACGUUGAACGGGAAAAGGAAGAUGGACCCGAAGAGGACGACGAAUGUUCGUUGACGAUGACGAAUCAAAGCUAUGACGAGUGUUCAAUAAAUUCUGCAACGGUGUCUGUGAGGAAGCUCGAACGACUGUCAUCGAUGCUGCGAGGCGAUGCCGAGAGAUCUGAAAGGACGAUACCGUGGCCGUUUGUGUUUGAGUUUGAUGCGCUGGUCGGCGAAUUAGGGCCCAACGAGAGACGCGACUUGCGAUUAUCGUUCCGACCGACAGAGUGCUUGACGUAUACGGUAGAAGCGACAUGCUAUUUAACGUGUGAUCACAACGACUAUCCCGAAAUUUUCAACGCGCUACCCGUCACCAUCCAAGGAACCGGAUGCAAAACGCAAUUUCAAGUAACGCCAGAAAAUUGUUAUUUAAACAAUGUAAUAGUAAACACGGAAAAAAUACAAAGAUUUAUCAUUGAAAAUAAAAAUCGUUCUUAUGCAAAAAUCAAUUUUGUUAAAAUUCCAGAAAAUUCUAUGAUUUUGUCUACUCCUACAUGUAAAAUGAAUCCAGAAACUUUUCGAUUCACACCUCAGCAAAAUCAGUGUAAAAUGGAUUUAUCCAUAUACCCUACAGAGUUGGGAUUUCAAAAAUUUUUCGUCACCAUACAGUUCGAUCCUAAAGUGGAAUGUUAUCCGGAAAACGAUAUUACAAUAACGGUCAGUAUGAACGUCAUAACGUGUACAUUGCAAAUCGUAAGGAUAUCUAACGAUUCUAUACCUUAUUUUGGAAGAUUGACUUUGAACAAACUUUUUCAUCGCAUAACAAUAAAUAAAGAACUCUGUGAAGUUUAUGCAAAAAAUAUAUCACCAUUAAUAUGGACUAUACCUGUAAUUUCUGAAUCAACCACUUUUGACAUUCAGUUAUAUAAUUUUUCAAAAGUACCAAUAAGUUGGGGAUUAAAAUACAACGAAUGCAUAAAAUGCACAUCGAAGAACAAAAAUAAUAAUACUAAUAACCAAAAGAACUGCAGUACUGUUUCCAAUAAAUGUGUGCACCAUAAGAGUAUUAGAAUUACUCCAACUGCAAACUUAAAAAUGGAUAAUUUUUCAAAAAUACAAAUUGAAUUAAAUACUAUAAGUAAAGAAGAAAUUAAUUUGAGUUAUAAAUGGUCAAUUGGAGUUUAUAAAUCGUUACAAUAUAACACUGAGUUGCUAAUAGAACCUAAAACAUUCAAAGACGGUUUGAUUUCAUUUGAUCCGAAAUACGGAACAACUGAACAACUUGAAUUCAAAUUUAUACCAAUAUUCAUAGCUCAUCAUAAUCCACCAGCACAAGCGUUUUGGAUGUACAAUAGCAAUAAUUGUAAUGUAACAUAUUCGAUAAUUGACGAUUCAUUAACACCUGCAUACCCAUAUUUCCGUUGUCUUAAUCCAAGAGGAGUAUUCAAUUCUAAAUCAGUACAUCCAAUACUAUUUGUAUUUUCACCCGAUAGACUAUGUGCGUUUAAGGCUACCAUUAUGCUACUAACAAACAAUUAUUGCAGACGCCAAAUAAUCCUUUCAGGACAAGGUGAAUCUUAUACUAGAACCACUAUUUCACCAGGAUAUGGCUUGUCAUCAUUUUUACCGAUUCAGAAUGAUAGGAAAAUAUUUUUAUCAGCGGAAAAUAUAAUACUUAAACCAAUAUAUACGCAAUCAAAUAUUAAAUCCUUGUUUUGUCUGUAUAACGACAGUGAUGAAGAAAUUAUUUACGAGUGGAAAGAGUGUACAGUCGACAAAAUACUAACAGCUGUUAUAAGUCCGAUUAAAGGAAAUUUAAAAAAACAUAACAGUCAAAUAUUUCAAAUAUCAAUUACCAGUUAUAAUGAACCAGCUAUCUUAACAAUAAUGUUAAAUAUUACUUAUAAGUUAGUUUCUCAAAUUGAAAACUAUGAACGGUCAUUAAGAAACUAUAAUAUAAACAAAGACAGACUUCAAGGGUAUUUUAAGAUUGACGAAUGUGGCAAUUAUAAACCAAAAUUAAACAUGAAAAUAGAAAAACAGCCACAAGAAAAACAUUUAGUACUGUAUGCUCAUGUUAGAAUAACUGAUGAAUUUAGUAGAUGGAUAAAUGAAGCAAAACAUAACUUAAAAAAGCAUAAUUUUCAACAACAGAAAAGAAUUACAAAACAAAAAUUAGUUUGUUCAGAUUACUUUCAAAAUAUUUUAUGGGAUGUUGUGGAUAAAAUUUGCUCGAAAGAAAUUGAACACAAACCAUUAUAUUAUUAUCAACUAAAAAAUUCAAAACAAAACGAUAAAAAUGAUUUAUCAAAAACGAUGAGAGAUAAUUUGGAUACUAUUUUAACAUCACUUAUCAGAGAUAGUUUGAUUAACAUAUUUUCAUCAAAUACGUGGAAACAUUGAUAAUGACAAUAUUAUACCUAUAAAAUGUACUCACUACAUAUUUACAAAUAUUUUCAGUAUAAUAUAGAUUUAUUAAUUACCAAUUUAUUAAACUAAAUAUAAUAUUUUUGACUUACCUA